AUGCAUAGCCCGUCGCGAGCUCGCAUGACAGGCACAGAAUCUCGUCUCUAUUACUCCAAUCUGAAACUUUCUAGUCGACCUUCGCGCUGUGGUAGAAGCAUGUUUGAAUUGAGAAAAUCAUGUUUCAGGCACAGAGAAAGGGUUUUCUAUUGUAGGAGAUGUAAGCUAAAAGAAGACAAGAGAAGAGCAGUUUGGGGUGAAAAGCCCAGCGUUGAUAUCUGGGACAGAGUUUGUGGAGAUAUGUUUGGAAAAUGGAAGCGUCAUGAUUUCGCUAGCGCAGGAUUUUUUUUUGAGAACGAAUCAGGAUUGGACGUAUCUUUUGAGAGUGCAGUGGGGUCCGAAACCGACUCUCUCAGAAGUUUAUGGUCUGCAGAAAUUUUGUCUCAAAGAAUUCGCGAAGGUGGUCUUCUUGAGGAUAAAAAGGCCAGGAGUGUGAGGGCUAAGAACGUUGAGAAGAAGAGCGCUAAACUGGGAAAGGAUGUGCACUUUACAACAUUGAAGAUUAGAACUUUUAAGGAGUUCAAAUUAAGAGCGAACAAGAACAGAGGCAGGGCUUUCCCGAUCGCAGACAUGGUGUCACUGGGAGCAGACAGGGACGCGAGGGUUCUAUGCAGUAGUCACCCGAAAUGGACUGCGCGCACGAAGGUUUUAUCAGGCUCAAAAAGAAAAUCUUUGAAUUCUGUGUCUCUUUGUCAAGAAGGCCACAUUGGCAAUGAUGCAAUUCCAUCAAGAACAGAUAACCUUGCAGCCAAUAAUGACGAAGGUGAAGGAAACAAAGAGAGGAUAAUGGCUAAGAGCAGAGGUUCUUCCACCAAUCAGACAAGGAGUUCAAGAGGCUCCAGCCAGCGUGAUCUCAGAGAAGUGUCGACCAUGAAGAGGAAGGGAGGGCCUGUCGAACGUCAUGGAAGCAAAGAUGAUCGAAGUUUGAGAAAGGGAGAAGAGGAGAUUUCAGUGACUCUUUCAGAUUCACCUUUUUCGGAUAAAAUAUCUGAAAGUGGACUUGGCUGGAAUUCUAGUUAUCAAGGUUCAGAUAGCCAAAGUUAUGCAGGCUUGGAAAACCUUCGCAGGAACCUCACACCUGCCCAGUUUUGGAAACUUACAAUGGGUUGUCUAGAGACUCGUCCAAGAAGGAGGAAGACCCCAGAGGACUGCAGAACAUGCAAAGGCCAUGAAGACAGGAACAAGGAGUUAAUGGAAGAAGCUGAAAGGGUAGACAGCGCCCAAUGGAGUAGAAAAAUUUUCAAUCAACUAAAUGGAAUGAGUGAAGAAUUGGGGUUGCAAAGAAAUCGCUUUCCUUGGUCAGUGCACGAUGAAAAAAUAAAGGAGAGCUUGAAAUGUAUCGCUACUCCUAGAAGAGUAUUUCAGCAGUCAGAUGCUGGCUGGUCUGGUGUUUAUGAGGAGGAAGACGUCGAAAUGCUGGAAACUCCAGAGGAGCCACCAUUUCACUAUCUAGACAGAUAUUCACAAGAAGGAGAAGAUACUGCAUGGACCACAGGAUGUGAUGACGAUCAAGUCACAGGGUGGGAAGGUAGAGAGGAUGCACAGUCUCAAUAUGUUGAAAAGUACGCUAAGAAAACGAAAGGGAGUGCUGAAAGGUCGAGAAUGGAUGAUGGGAAAGACUACAGAAUGGCAGAAGGUAGCCAGGAAACACAAUCUGGACGACAUCGCAAGGAUAAAAAUAGUGAGGAGCACGGGCUGUCUUCUUCUGUCAACAAGCAAAACUUCCUGGACUCGACUUCCAAAGCGGGAGGUUCUCGUCGCAGAAUUGGUGGCAGCGAUCCCGUCACAGAGAUCGUCAUUCCAGAUCCUCGCAAAUCAUGGAAACGACCCGAAGAGAAAGAUGUUGACGAGGGGUAUAGUGCUCAGUACAGACUGGCAAGGACAAAACAAAAGUCUCAAAACAAUCAUCAUGUUAAGGAAACUAAUCAGGAUUCACUGACGCCGAAGAUGUCAUCUCCUUCUAAGAAGAAAGCGACAGCAGACCACGGCGUGUUGGCUAAUCAAGACUCAUCGAAAAGACAAAUAUCGUCAAAUCAUCGAGAUAAAGCUUCAGCAGAUCGAGGCGUCAUCAAUAAUCAGGAAUUGCUGAAGCAAGCUUUCUUGUCCAGUCUUGGCCCUUCAAAAACUCCAGAGCAUCGUGGGAAGCUCACAAAUCAGGAGGCGCUGAAAAGACAUGUGAAUUCGAAUUCCAAUGACACUAGGGAGACUUCACACUCUGAGAAGAAAGACCAUGCCAACAAAUCCGGUACUAAGGAAGCAGAAGUAGGAUCAUGGGCAGUAUCAUCGUCGAGGAAACCUGAACAUACGCCUCGUGAUACGAAGACAGGGCCUUCCUUAUCAACGGCUGAGGAGCCAAAGAAAGCCUUGCCUGCAAGAGCAGUAUCUUCUUCAAGGAAAAGGGAUCCUACUCCUGGCGAGAAGAACAUGGACACUGAGAGACGGGACCUUACACGAAAUGUUGAGAUUCGUUCCAGACGCACGACCCCUUCCAAAAGUACUAGCGACCCUCGACGGAAGCUAGAGAGACACCGUCGAGGGAAGAGGCAAGAGGAUGAGAGAGAGAUCAAAUCAAAUCAAGAUUCAGUGCAAGAGGAAAUUCCACGCCCUGGACCUGUCAGGACAGUGCACCGUGGAAUAGAAACAGCUUUUGCCUCGAGAUCAAACACACCUCAUCAAAGGUACUGCCCGAAUACCCCAAGGACUUCGGGACAAGGGCCCCUUUGCCAAAGAUUCAAAUUCAAGGAAGAAGCCAGUAAGAAGAUGCUGCUGGAUCAAGAAGUUUCCAUCACACCAAAGUUCUCACCAGACUCACACUAUUCGAGAUCAAGAUCACGACAGCAAAUCGUGUCUCCUUGUAAAAGAUAUGUGGGCCACGAAGAGAAAAGCAAUUUAUUUUUGAAAAAGAAGCAUGAGAAGGAGCUGAAGCUGGAGCAAGAGUCAAGAGAGUCAUGUUCAGAAACAGAUCGACACAUUCAUUCAGUGCAUAGACGAGCUCAAGAUAAGAUGAAGAAACCGUCUUGUAAGAGAUUCGUAGGUCGCAAUGAGAAAAGCGAAGUGUAUCUGCAAAGAAAAAGUGAGCAAGACAAUAAGCUGGUGCUAGAUUCCAUAGAAUCACGGUCGCCCAAAGACCUGCAUGUUCAAUCGGUACAAAAACGAGCUCACGCUUUGCGUACACCUCCUUGUGAGCGACUCAAACACCAUGAGACAGUAGACAGUGGAAGAACUCUACGAAGGCCAGAGCCAAGAACCCAACCCGCCAAACUUCGUCAUGCAAUCUCUGCCACAAGAAAAGAGGCGGAAUCGCCUCGGUCUUGUGAUAUAUUUACAAGACAUCAAGAUGAGAGCACUAGAAGCUUUGAAAGGUCAGAGUCGUCCAGAGAGUCCACUCCCGGAAGCAGAGGCUUUUGGGACUGGAAAAAGGAGGAGAGAGCUUAUGAUAGUUAUAGAGAGGCACAAAGACAAAGGGAAUCUGGAAGGCCAUGCCAUAGAUGGCUAGAGCAUGAUGAGAAGAGCAGAGUCGUGCUGGAAGAAGCCAGAACUAAGUUGGAGGAGGCAUUGAAGCUCUUUGAAGGUGGAUGCCCUCUGCCAAUAGAAAAAUGUCAAAAUUGUCAAGAAAGGAAAAAGGAAACGGAGUCAUUACAGCGUUGGGGUGAAAUUAUGAGAGAGCAAAGUUCAAUCUCCAAUCCUCAUCAAAAGAAGAGUUGA